AUGUCGCGUUACAAGCGUAAAGGGGCCAAUUCAGCUAAGAGGGGACCGCCCGCCAAGUGGGCUAACAACCAAAAUGGUGUGAAGCGAGAUGAAAUUUUCCCGGGUUUAACCUUGGUGAACUUUGAUCGACUAAGUGACAGUGACGAGCCAUUCAUUCUAGCAUCACUAGCUAAGUGUAAACUUGGUGAAUGUCGUAUCCUCUUAUGUGAGCCAGGUUCCAAGCACAGGUUGCAGAAAUUGCAGUUGAAUUUUCCUAGGACCGUAGCUACCAUGGAUGAUCAUCGUGAUAAUGAAAUACAGGGAAUUGAUGGAGCUAGUCAUCCUACGGGGGAAUCACAAGGUACCAACACUAGUAAAAAGACCAAAUUCCGUGGUCCGUCAAAAGGAGUUCAAGCCAAAAAGCCUAUGCAUCUUCAGUAUAAUCAAUAUGGAAUCCCCGAUGGAGAAUGGUCAGGAGAAUACGGGAAGCAAGUUGGGUCUUGUGCUGCUAGAAUUAACAUUAAUGUGAAAGAAUAUUCAACGUUAGAUGAACACACAAAGAAGGGGUUUUGGGAGGAGACCAAGCUUCUGUUCCACAUUAUUGAUGAUCCGGCUAAAAGGAGAGAAAAAUAUUUUCAUAUGUGUGUGGCGAAACGCUUUGGAGCUUUCAAGUCCAGGUUAACGCGGCGUUGGAUAACUAAGAAAGAAAAAAUGCCGAAACAUCAGACAAAUGACAUGCCUUGGGACAUCUACCAUCAAAUCACAGAGGAUGAUUGGAAAACAUUUGUGAUGGAACGAAACAAGCCGGAGAUGUUGGUUCGUAGAGAAAAAGCAAGUAAAAGUGCAUUACAAAACAAGCACCCACAUCGCACAGGCCAAAAGGGUUAUGUUAGAAAGAGACCAGAGUGGAUAAAUGAUGGGCGACUACCGCCAGAGGCAGCUUUAACCCUCUCAAGUGGCUCCUCCUCAGUGACCUCAUCACUCACCACAGCGCCAGAUAGAUUUAAGAAGUUUAGAUCAGUAGAGUGGAUCUUGGCUCAUCAAGUUAAAAACAAAGAGGGAAAGUGGGAAGUUGACCCGAAUGAUAAAGAAGCCGUAAAUAUUGCUAAGAUGGCUUUGGAGUACAUAGAAGAAGAGGGAAAAGGAAAUAUUUCAUUCACCCAGGGAGAAGAUGCCCUCACCAAGGCUAUGGGAAAAAAGGAUCACCGUGGGCGUGUCAAGGCAACAGGUGGAGUUAAUGUCGGUUACAAAGUUGCUUUCGGUCCAAUAGACCGAAGUAGUAGAUGUGGCCAUAUUGAACCAUCACCGGAGGCUAUCGAAUCAAUCAGAGCUUCGGUGAGAAGGGAGUUUGAAGAUCAAUUAGAGAGAAAGGUGGCGGAGGCCCUCCAAAACCAACUAGCCACAUUGAAAGCAACCGGUCAACUAAACACCCUCUCUACCCCUGCACUUGAUUCUGCUCUUGUAAGUGAUGAGUUUGAUGUUAACCGUGCACUCGUAACCUGUUGUCCGAGUUCAUCGCAGCAACCACGCGAGCAGAAGGUAUAUAUUCUCUAUAGUGCAUACACUCAAAAUACCCCUAGCUAG